CCUUGGCCUCGAGUGCUUUGGGUACCCGGUCAGAGCCUGCGCAGCCUUGGGUUCAACUGAAUGAACACCAAAAACUUUGGGGGCAUGUGGAAUCAGGAAGGGGGAUGCAUCCACGCAGAUCAGCAGAGCGUGCCGGGAAAGAGCAGCCUGAAUAUGCGAGUGCUGGAAGAAGGGAAGGAGGGAAAGAAAGAGGAUGUUUCUGGUGGUCUAGUCUCAGAAAUUCUAUCUCCAGUCUCCACAAUGAUUCCUUUCCAAGCCCAGUGGUGCCUCGUUGCCUCCAGGUUUCUGACUCCUAUGUGGACAAGAAAAGCUUACUAAGGAAAUGGUAAUUCUCCAGUUGCUCCCCGAGGUGCCAAGUGUCCAGUUACAGCCCAUGGAGACCCACUUCAGUUAUGAAUCUCAAGAACACCACCUUCUGUCAGAUGGUGAGACUAAGACCAAGAUUGGAGAGGUGACUUCAGAGGAGGAAAUUUCAACAAAAAUUGAACCAUUGCCUGAAGAGUCUGGCAACCCCAGAGAUGAUGUUCUCCAGGAUUCUGAAUGCAGAGGAAUCUGUGAAUUUGGGGAUAAAUUAAAUGAAAAGGAUCAAAACCUCUUUAAAAGAAGACAGCAUAAUUGUGAUGAAUGUGGGCAAAGCUUUGCUUGGAGUACAGGCCUUAUUAGGCAUCGAAGAAACCAUUGGGAGAAACCCUAUGAAUGUGAUAAGUGUGGAAAGGCCUUUAGUGUGAGCUCAGCUCUGGUUCUGCAUCAGAGAAUUCAUACUGGGGAGAAACCCUAUCCUUGUACUUGGUGCAUUAAAAGUUUCAGUCGGAGCUCAGACCUUAUUAAACAUCAAAGAGUCCACACUGGUGAAAAACCUUAUAAAUGUGAUGAAUGUGGGAAAGCCUUCAGUCAGAGUUCUGAUCUUACUAUCCAUCAGAGAAUCCAUACAGGAGAAAAACCCUAUCAGUGCAGUCAUUGUAGUAAAAGCUUUAGCCAGCGCUCAGACCUGGUUAAGCAUCAGAGAAUCCAUACUGGAGAGAAGCCUUAUACAUGUAACCAGUGUAACAAACAUUUUAGUCAAAGUUCUGAUGUUAUAAAACAUCAAAGAAUCCACACUGGGGAGAAACCAUAUAAAUGUGAUGUGUGUGGAAAAGCCUUCAGUCAGAGCUCAGAUCUUAUUCUCCAUCAGAGAAUUCACACUGGGGAGAAACCAUAUCCAUGUAAUCAGUGUAGCAAAAGUUUCAGUCAGAACUCAGACCUUAUUAAACAUCGAAGGAUCCACACUGGAGAGAAACCCUACAAAUGUAAUGAAUGUGGUAAAGCUUUCAAUCAGAGCUCAGUCCUUAUUCUGCAUCAGAGAAUUCACACUGGAGAGAAACCCUAUCCAUGUAAUCAGUGUAGCAAAACCUUCAGUAGACUUUCAGAUCUCAUGAAUCAUCAGCGAAUUCACACUGGAGAGAAACCUUACCCAUGUAGCCAGUGCAGUAAAAUGUUCAGUCGAAGAUCAGACCUUGUUAAACAUCAUAGAAUUCAUACAGGUGAGAAGCCCUAUGAAUGUGAGGAGUGUGGGAAAACCUUCAGUCAGAGCUCAAAUCUUAUUCUGCAUCAGAGAAUCCACACUGGAGAGAAACCCUAUCCAUGCAGUGAUUGUACUAAAAGUUUUAGUCGUCGUUCAGACCUUGUUAAACAUCAAAGAAUCCACACUGGGGAGAAGCCGUACGCAUGUAACCAGUGCAAUAAAAGUUUCAGUCAAAGCUCAGACCUCACUAAACAUCAGAGAGUGCACUCUGGGGAAAAGCCCUAUCAUUGUGAUCAUUGUGAGAAAGCCUUCAGUCAGAGUUCUGACCUUAUUCUUCAUCAGAGAAUUCACACUGGAGAAAAACCAUACCCAUGCACACGGUGCAGCAAAAGUUUCAGCCAGAACUCAGACCUUAUCAAACACCACAGAAUCCACACUGGGGAAAAACCAUAUCAAUGUCCUGAGUGUGGAAAGGCUUUUAGUCAGUGCUCAGCUCUUAUCCUACAUCAGAGGAUCCACACUGGGGAAAAACCAUAUUCGUGUGAUCAGUGUGGCAAAAGCUUUAGUCGGCGCUCUGAUCUCAUUAACCAUCAAAGAAUCCAUGCUGGUGAAAAGCCACAUAGAUGUGAUGCAUGUGGGAAAGCCUUCAGCAUAUGCACUGAACUUACCGAACACCAGGGAGUCCAUACUGCGGAGAAUCCCCACACGUGUGUUCAGGGCAGCAGAAGUUUUAGCCAGCUCUCUGAUCUUAUUAAUCGUGAGACUGUCCAUUCUGGGGAAGACAGGCUAGGUGUGAUGAAUGUGGGAAAACCUUUAGAGUAUACACCGACUUUGUUCUGUACCAGAGACACUAUACCAGAAAAAAAUCUUAGGAAUGCUAUUGAUGAUUAUGAAAAAGGUUUUAAUCAGUGCUCAACCCUUGUGCUACAUUAAAAUAAAACCACACACUGGACAGAAAACAGUAAGGUCUACAAUGAAAGUUUAACUGAGAUUUCAGACACUACUAAACUUGAGAAAAAUUCUGAGGAGUCCUGUGAGUAAUUGGGAAAACCUUCAAUAGGAAUAAAAAUAUUACUGAAUGUCAGCAACAAUGGAAAGAAAUUUCUGUCUGCUAUAAUGGAAAACAAAGCAAGCCUCUGGUCCUUUAUUCAAAUAUAAACCACAGGGGAGAGUUUUAUCAUUAUAAGAAAUGAAUAACAAUAUUAAUGCAGAACCUUAUGAGAUAUUGUAAAGAUCAGUGUGAUGGGGUGUGCAAUCAGCUCAGAAGGAAAUGUGUUAGUGUUAUUAUCUGAAACUUUUAGUGAGCCCUAAUUUUCUAGUGUAUAGCAGAGAAGUUGCUUUAGAGAAUGUAGGGAAAACGUAUACCCCUUCCAUAUCUUAAUUGGCAUUCACUCAUAAUCAGCAUGCCACUGGCCUCCUAACAACAGGAGAGUCCUAUGUUAUGCUCUCAUUAGUUAAUUUGUUGUUAAAUUCCCUGUGUGUGAGCAUGCUAUGCUAUUCUGGUAUUAAACAUUAACUACAUAACUCCAGUGCCCCAUUUUCUCAGGAAAAAAACCUUUUUCUUUGGCCUGGUUUUGGUUUUCCUAAUGAGCAUGAGUUUUCAGGUUCCUGCAACAGUCACGGCAAAUAUGGACUAUUUUGCUUUCACUAAUACAGCCCAUAGACUGUGGUUUGAAAUCAUUUCUUCAAUCUUACCGUUUAAUCACAGUUCCUAAAUAUGCGAAACAAUUUUUUUUUUUUAAAUUCCAUAUGUCAGAAUGUGAAGUUUUCUCUACCACUAUGUUUAUCGUGUCAUCUAUAGAUAGAACAAAAAUGAGAGCUAAAGUCAUGGCCACGUGACUAAUUUGUAUAGCAUAUUCUGUCAAAAAAUAAAAAGACUUACUGAUUUUUUUCAAGUGGCAACAUUUAUCAGACUUUGGAUUGUUGAUUUCUGAUAUAUUGAUAAUAGGCUACAUAUAUGCAAAGUUUUCAACUAAAAAAUAGAAACUUUUUUUAAAAUAAAAUUUUCACAUUGUUUUUCUUUUUUUUUUU